UGUCAAACUAAUGUCAAUUUUCCGGAAGCUAGUUUUCGCUCUUUUUCCGGUAAAUUUCAGCCGAUUGCAGUGGACGUUCUCAGACCGCUACACAAAUUAUAUCGAAAAUGUCGCUCGUGAUUCCUGAAAAGUUCCAGCACAUUUUGCGUGUUCUCAGUACUAACAUUGAUGGAAAACGCACUGUCCCAAUUGCAUUGACGGCCAUCAAGGGAGUCGGUCGUCGCUACGCUCAUGUCGUGCUGAAGAAAGCUGAUGUCGAUCCGUUCAAACGUGCUGGUGAGUGCUCUGAUGAAGAGGUCGAGAAGAUUAUUACCAUCAUCUCGAACCCACGGCACUACAAGAUCCCCGACUGGUUCCUAAACAGACAGAAGGACAUCAUUGACGGAAAGUACAUGCAGCUGACUUCAUCGAACAUUGAUUCGAAACUGCGUGAGGAUUUGGAGCGCCUGAAGCGAAUCCACGCUCACCGUGGUAUGCGUCACUACUGGGGACUGCGUGUCCGUGGCCAGCACACGAAAACAACCGGUCGUCGCGGUCGUACUGUCGGUGUGUCCAAGAAGAAGUAAGCAACAGAGCUUACUCAUGCACAUUUCUCCAUCAUGCGUGUAUUAUAUCGUACCAAAAGCAAGAAAGGAAAAAAGAAAUUCCCGGAACUGUUGCUGAUGGGUUUCGAUGUGCAAGGAUACGAAAGAUGCAAGAACAUUCGUGAAAGUGUGGCGUGAGAAGAACUGUUUGACGAUGGUAUUCAAGCAUCUCGUGUAUUUGUGGUGGUGCUUAAAGCUGUCCAAUAAAUAGUUCUGUUGUGAAAAGGAA